AUGGUCAAGAUUGCCAUCGCAGGUGGCGCCGGAAAGAUAAUCGAUGUCCUUCUUGCGACUGGGAAACAUGAGAUCUUGAUCUUGUCCCGCAAGGUAGAUUACCAAAGUCAGACACAGUUGAGACAUGCACUCAGCGGAGUCCACACACUUCUUUCGUUCAUCUCCGAGCAAGACGAUCCUGCAAGUCCUUUACAGAAGAACAUCAUCCGUGCUGCAGUCGAUGCAGGCGUCAAGCGUUUUGCACCCAGCGAAUGGGCAUCUUGGUACUCGUACAAGGGCGAAAUUCGCCGCUAUCUUGAAGAGGAGGUGAACAAGGACGAGCAGAUCCUAGAGUAUACCCUCUUCCAGCCCGGAUACUUCCUAAACUACCUGACAAGCCCUUACAAGUCGUCAAAUUAUCUUCAGCAGAUGCAAACACCCUUUGACUUUGACGAAGGUCGCUUCAUCAUGAUUGAUGGCAGCGACAACGACCGCAUCACACUCACAACCGUUCAAGAUCUAGCCCAAGUUGUUGCCAGAGCUGUGGAGUAUGAGGGCAAGUGGCCAGUCGUUGGCGGUAUCUCCGGAGUCGAACUAUCUAUGAAGCAGAUAAUCGAACUUGGAGAGAGCAUCAGAGGCAAGACAUUCAAGGUCGAGAAGAUACCUAUUGUUGAGCUUAGAGACGGGUCAUGGAAAAGCUCAUGGUCACCGAAGAUCGACCACCCUUCCAUUCCACCCCAGAAGGAUGAUCGGCUUUCGAGAAUCAUGGUCUCCGGUAUUCUCCAAGCCAUCUCGGCUGGAGACUUGGUAUCCUCGAAUGAAUGGAACAGAUUGCUUCCGGACCUCGAAUUUGCCCAAUCCGAAAAAUUCUUGGCCAAUGUCUGGGAUGGUAAGCCAUGA